AUGACGACAACCCUCGAGAACCAGCGUCUCCUCCAUGAGGAACUCGAGCGCCUUGAACAAGCCGUCGCGGACCGUCUAGCAGAAGAAGCGCGAACAAUACGCGAUCGUCUGAUCCGAGAUCACGAAGUAGGUCAUUUCUUGACUCGAUUUGAGAACCAGAGUAAACGCUUAUACGAUCUCUACACAGAUGAAGAUGGAUCCCGAGAUAAAGAGAUAAAUAACCUCUCUCACGGCGACCCAUUCGUCGAAUUCUACUCUCAACUAAAUGAAAUCCGAGAUUUCCACCGCCGGUACCCAAAUGAACCCGUCGAAGACCUUGCGCGGACCUACAAGCGUCGUCCACCUCUCGAAGGCGAAAUCUCAAUGAUCGAUAAUAUGUUCACCGGCGAGGAAUUCCACGGCCGUUUCUUCGAUCUUACCCAAUUACAUGAACAGUAUCUCAAUCUCAAAGGGGUGAAAAGGAUAUUAUACCUUCACUUUCUCAACAUCUUUGACAAAUUCGAGGAUUUUCCAAAGGCAAAUAAGAACGAUGCGUAUUUUACGUACUUGACGAAUUUGGCAGAAUAUUUAGAAGGAUUCUUAAGGAAGACCAGGCCAUUAAGUAAUCCUGAUGCUGUUAUUAGAGGGUUUGGAGAAGAGUUCGAGGAGGCCUGGAAGGCAGGUACGGUGGCUGGGUGGGAGAGUGGUGCUGCCGUUGAGAAAUCGGCAGGGAUCUGGUGCGAUGCUUGCGAAAAGGCGUUCACAAACGAGAAUACCUACAACAGCCAUCUGAACGGGAACAAGCAUAAGAAGGCAGCGGCAGCAAAGGGUACAGACGGGGCUGAUUCUGGUGUGACAAAGCCAGUUGAAGCGAUAGAGAACCUGAAACACAAAGCUAUCGCUGAACGUGAAUUCCGAAUCAAGAAACUGACGGAACUCAUGUCGAAAGAACGAGAGGAUACCAAAACCAACGUUGAGCGCAAAGCCUCACUCACAGAACGUGAGCGACAAGCCGAGCUCGAGGCCCUAUUCCAGGAUACCCAGGUCACAUUGGGUGCCACUCAUCUGGAUGACGAUGAUGAUGAAGAUGACGAAGACAAGAUCUACAAUCCUCUAAAACUCCCGCUUGCAUGGGAUGGAAAGCCCAUUCCAUUCUGGCUGUAUAAACUCCAUGGGUUGGGAGUCGAGUAUACUUGCGAAAUAUGUGGUAAUUUCGUGUAUAUGGGACGACGAGCAUUUGAUAAACAUUUUACGGAAGCCCGACAUGUUCACGGACUACGUUGUCUGGGAAUCACGAACCCUACGGUAUUUAGGGAGAUCACAAAUAUCGAGGAGGCGUUGGCUUUCAAUGAUAAGCUGAAGACGGAUAAGAAACAGGCACAGGUGACACAGGACAAUGUUGUGCAGAUGGAGGAUGGAGAGGGAAAUGUCAUGCCUGAGAAGGUUUAUUACGAUUUGCAAAAGCAAGGACUGCUGUAG